GCCUUUCUCGCUCUAAAGGGUACGACCUGUCCACCCGACCACGUUAUCGUCCAGGAUAAGAACGAGGUCAGAAGCGGAUGCGAGCCGGACGUCUUCCGUUCUCUGUCCGAAAACGCCGAAACCGCGACGCGACGAUGAUACUCGGACGCGCUCGACGGGAUUAGGAUCAAGAGCGGCGAGGAUACCAUCGCGGAACGAGGACGAAAGCGAGGUCCAGGGUGGGCGAAUAGUAAUAAUUCGUAGAGGAAAUUGAAAGCGGAAGCGAAAUUGAAGACGGCGCAACGUUGUCAGCGGAUCGAGAGGGUGAGGUCCGCGAAGAAGAUAAGCAUGGAUUCGAUUAAGCAGGAAGCGACGGAGGUGGAAGAAACGAGGAGACAAGAUCGUUGAUUGGGAUGGAAAGAGGGUGCAAUCGGAGGGAACACGCGGCGAUACGUGAGCGUAAGGGAAACGAGUCAGGAAAUAGGCGGCAGGAUCGUGCACCGGAUUUCGGAUCGGAGAGCAGUGUCGGUGAUGUGAUCGCGCCGAUCGCGUGUCAAUCGUGUUCGACCGUGACCGUCUUCCUUUGGAUUCCUCGCGGGUCCCCGAGCGACGCGCGCGUGCUCCAAGCUGUCGCGCAUCGCGCAUUACCCUUCUUUCGGUUUCUUCAUGCUUAUAGCGUUCAGUGAUUCCCGUUGUCGUCGGCAACAGGUGAGCAAUUCCCAGCAGCAUUCGGGUUCGCUUCUUCUGCCUUUUCGAACGAUUUUUACUCAUUCGUGCCUCCUUUUCCUCUUUGCGUUUUUCUCUCCCUGAUACCCUCUGAUUGAAGAGGACGAUGAAAAAUAGACGAUCGUAACAUCUUCGCCUUCCUCGCGACUCCUUCGGUCUCUCGAUCGAUCCGUACGUAUGGUUUCAUCUACUGUACACCUGCUAGUGUACGUAUUCGGAUGCAAUUUACGAUCAUUUCACGUGUUAUCCGAUACGAACGUCUAUGGUGUCCGAACCGCUAGGCCGGUGCUUCCACUAGCUAGCCCGGCUAUACGCGAAUUAUAUCCGAAUCGAUCGAGCUCGCUCGCACCGCUAUUAUUACGUGCGUAUUGGGUGCAUCGAGCUUCGAUCAACCGUAGAACUCUCAAGGGCUUUUUCCUUCUCUUUCUCCCUUAUCCGAAUGUUCGUCCGAGUGCAAACGAAGUGUUCGCUGUUACCAAUUAAUAUGAACUUAUUUAAUUUUUAUCAAACGACCAGCAACGAGUGUUUGAACGUCUCGCGUACGAGCAUUUUUAUCGAUCGCAAAUCCUCGACGCGAUCCGUUUCUCGACACCGUUUUAUAACGAUAGUACAUGUAUAAUUAGUUAAAGGGUAAAAGAUACAUGCGUAGGUAGACAUCGCACUCAUCGAAUUUCCGUACUGGACGUUGUCUUUCUCUAUUUUAGUCGCGCCUCGUUUCUACGAUAGCGCGUUUUCUUGCGGAAAAAUAAAUACUUUUCCCAUUCGAAUUUUCAAUCGAUCCGAUCUUACUAACGACCACGGCGACGACGACGGCGGUUGGUCCUGCACGAUAAGUACGUGGACACGCGGGAUAUAUCUAGGAAGGUGCGAGGAGGUCGAGUCGAUCGAUAAGGAGUUGCGUAAGGAGGAUGGUAGAGCCGCGAAACGAAUUGGCGAGCCCGAAAACGCAUUUAGGGCAGGAAGCAGGGAGUAGUUAUUUCUUAUGGUAACUAAACACGUGGACGUUUAUUAAUAAUUCGAACGAUGAAACAGGUGCGUCGCGUGUUCUAAAAAAAAAAGUGACCUGCACAGUGCACAGUGCGCGACGAUAAUAGCUGUAAGUACAUCCGAUAGAUCAAGAUCGAAAGUGAUCCGACUCGAUCGAUGAGCAGCAUCGAGCUCGGCGACGUCUAACGAUCGACAACGAGGACGAGAAGAGCGUCGUUAUGUUUGCCAAAUCGAAGAGCAGCAGCUCGACACCGAGCGUUCUACUCUCGAAUCCUCUUCAACAUUUGUACGAGGUCGGCAAACAGUUGGCCACCGCAGGGCCCGAACACGCCUGGCGCAUUUACGAUGCGUACACCAAACUGGACCAUAAGGAAGUGUCGAUAUUUGUUUUCGACAAACGAUCGGUCGAAAAGUUGCACAAGCCGAAGAGGAAAGAGAUCGUGACGGAAAUUUUAAGAAAUGGGGUACGACAGAUGGAACAAAUAUCUCAUCCGAAGAUACUGCAGGCAUACAAAGUCGAAGAGUGUCCGGACAGUUUGGCGUUCGCCUCGGAGCCGGUUCUGGCCAGCCUCGCAAACGUUUUGGCCUAUCAGGAGCAACGACAGCAACAGGCGAACAAUCUCGGUCACACGUCGAGUAAUUCGACCAAACAGACUUCCUCGGCCGGUCACCGUACCACUUAUGUUAAAGAAUACGAUUUACUCGACAUCGAGAUAAAAUACGGAUUGCUGCAGAUCACAGAGGCUCUGCUCUUCCUUCACGGGACUUCCAAAGUAAUUCAUAGAAACAUCUGUCCGGCGAGCAUAAUAAUUACCAAAAGAGGCACUUGGAAAUUGGCUGGACUCGAAUUCAUGGAAAAAGUGGACGAAACGCCAAUGAUAGUACUACAGCCGUGGACGAAUCGCAUGUCGAAAAUGGCACAACCUAAUCUCGAUUACACGGCACCGGAAAUACAGCAGAAGAAAAUGGGUGGUUUCUGCAGCGACGUGUACAGCUUCGGAAUGACGAUAUGCGCGAUUUUCAAUCAAGGUCGGCCGCUGAUUCAAGCGAAUCACAAUUGUUCCGAAUAUGCGAAACAACUGGAAAACUUGAAGGAUCAAGUUGACGCGAUACUGCAUAUAAUUCCCCUACCGCUGACAGGAGUCGUCCCCCGGCUUUUGCACCUUGAUCCAGAGAAGAGGCCGACUACUCAAAUUUUAGCCAUGAUCAAAUACUUUAAGGAUCCGCUGGUGCAUGCGCUUCAAUUUCUCGACUUGAGCAAGAUGAAGGACGUCUCGCAGAAGGUUCAUUUUUAUACGACUACUUUAAAGGGAAUAUUGCCUUAUAUAGAUAAGAAACUAUGGUAUCAGCAUAUCUGGACGUACUUGCAAAUCGAAUUGGAGAGUCAAGAGGUUCAAUCAGCCGUACUGCAACCGGUGCUUUACAUCGUGCAACAUAGCACGCAGGAAGAAUACGAUCAAAUUAUAUUUCCAUCGUUACAGUUGCUCUUUUCAAAUCGCAAAUCGAUUCAAGGGACAGUAACUCUGUUGGAAAAUUUGCAUUUGAUACUGGAGAAAACACCGCGGGAGUACGUGGAAGGCGAAGUACUUCCGAUGUUGUACAUGUCCUUUGAGAAUUCUACUGUUCAAGUGCAGACAGCGGCGUUCGUAGCCGUAGCGAACGUAUCCAACUACAUCGAUGACAUGUCCGUUCGGAAAGUCGUCCUGCCGAAACUGCUUCAGGCAUUCGAGAAUGAUCGAAACAAGGUGGAUCCUCUGAUACUUAUAAACGUGAUUUCUUGCAUUCUGAAUCGAUUGGAAAAAGACGAAAUCAUCGAUCGUAUCUUGCCGUUGUUGUACAAAGUGAAAUUUGAAGAUCCGGAAGUGGUCGUGCGAGUCGUGAAGAUUUACAGGCUGAUGUUAACGGACAAAAAGUAUGGACUCUCUGUGAACUGGAUGGUGACUCGAGCUAUGCCCUCUCUUCUACCUCAGACUAUCAAUCCUAGAUUGAACCUCGAACAGUUCGAGACGCUUUUAAAAGUAUUGCAGGAUAUGCUUAUCCAUAUAGAAAGAUACCAGAAAAAUCAACUGAACCUGGACAAUUUGUCGCUGUCGAGUCCGGAUCGGUUCUCGGACAGAUACAUGAGCCGGGGAUUGCGGCAUCAGCAGAGUACAGAUAAUAUGUACAUCGCGCAGUUCAACAUACCAACUCUGCGUACCGACCAGCGAAAAACAUUCUCAGCCGAAAACAUGGCUCGAAAGAACAGCCUAAAUUCGAUGUCGACGACGGCAUCGGCCGAGAACAUGACGAAGAGAGGUUCCGUGGGAGGAGCUAUAAUGCAAUGGUUCUCGUCAACGAGCAACGACAACUUCUUAAGAGUGACCGCCAACCCUUUCACGAAUAGAAGAUUGUCGGACAAUACUUUGACGACGCCGAAAAUUCGCAUAGCUCCGUCGUGCGAGAGCUCCCCGGGUGGAACGCCCGGUGAUGGAUUGCCGUUUCGGCGACAUUCUAGCAUCGGAUCUCAAGACCGACGCGGAUCCAGUAUCAAUUUAUCACCUCCUUUGGUAUCGUUUGGCGGAGGAAUGCCGGUUACGAGCAGCAGCGUGCCGUACUUGUUUAGCUCGAGCAUGAACAGCAUACGGGGAUCGAGGCGCCCAUCAGUUUCCUCGACAUCCUCGCAACAAGGGACCGGAUUGUUCCAGCCUGGUAUUUGCAACAGUAUGGUAAGAGUACCUUCCAUCUGCCUCAACCUGAAUGGACCACCACCACCACCACCACAACCACCAACACUCUCUCCAUUACUCCAGCUACCGGGACAGUCUUCCCAUUGACCCUUCGUUACAGCCUCCAACUUUUAAAGAAACAGUUCGACGCCUGAAUUGGAGAAGAGAAGCCCGAUCGUCCGUCCGCCGGUGAUCCUUCUCGAGAGAAAGGAAACGGAGCGUCGACAAUUAACCAAUAAUUUUAUAAAUAUCCUUCUACUCCGCGCCAUGGGAAAGUGCGAAAGACGAAGGUGAGCAUGUACCUUAUCCUAUCGUGUCCAGAGGAAGAUUACGGGUAUGGUCGAUAGAAAUGUCCCGUUUCAACGGAAGAUAUCUUGGGUCUUAUAUUUUUUUGAGGGUUUUCUUCAUCAAACGAGAUAGAACUGCGAUUUCGCCAAAUAAACAAUAAGCCGGUUUUCUUUUCGUUCGAAACAGGAAUUUAAAGUGAGCCACUUUCACGAUCCGUACAAAUGAGAAGCGUCUAUAAAAUUUACGUGAUACCGUGUGGACGCGGGGGAGAAAGAAUCACCUACUCCUAUCGACCAUUUCUUCCUCCGGAGAUGUGUCCGUUUCACGAUUCGAUUCGAGCGAAACGGACAUAAAAAAUUCCUCGAUAUAGUCUUGUACGUAGAUAUACCUACUUUUUCUAAAUGUGCAAAGAUGGAAAUUUUACGGCAACCGCAAGCACCGCGCGGUCGAUUCACGCGUUGCAUAAAUCAGUCGACGUUAUAUGUACAUGCAAUUUUUUAUGUAUACGAGUUUACUUACGGUCGACUAAAAAUAUUCUAUACACGCGUAUAUUGUACUAUUAUUAUACGAUUAUACCAGGUGCUCUUCGACUUCGAUGCACGCAUACAUAUCAAAUAAUUAAUUUAUGUUCCGACGUCGUUUUUGCUCCUCGAUCGUCCUUCAUCUAACAAUCGAACAGAAGAAGAUGCUACUCGUUCAAUUGGAUAACGCGUAAAUAUGUAUACGUGUCAUCAAUUUGUUAAUUACAUUACGCGUUAAAUAUGUACGAAUGUGCAAACGCGAGAUAAUCGCGUCUCAUGGACGUGCGACACUGCAAGGAAACUAAGUGUUCUUACGGUUUGCGUCGGCCACUGUACACUAGUAUUUUACGUUGGCCUCUCGCACGCGCGUCGACGUAAAAACAUUUGAUCGCAUUAAACUGCGUGGACAAUCGUGGAUGACCGUUAAACGAUCGUAGACAAUCAUUAGACGCGACGAGCUCGCGAAGAUGCUAAGCGUUUUCCAAAAUACAAGCGUACCUAAUUACCUAUACCUUUUAUCGCAUCGUUAUGUACCUGUCACGAAUUAUCGUACAAUCACACGAGUUGACAAUCAUUCUCUCAAAUUCUAGAAGAUAUUUAUCAAGAGAUCGUUACCAAGAUAUAAAUAUAAUAUAAAUUUUAUCGCGCGCGAACCAGUACGUAAAAGUAAGAUAGCGUCACAUGCCUCGUUUCGUUCCUCGUUAUUGAUGAUUAUCGUUGUCCUCCCGUUGUUUAUUCUACUUCUCGUUUCGGCUCGAGCGCCGACGUUGACUCGUCCGUUCCAAGCGCGAUUCCUAAUUCCUGUUCGUAUAACUGUCGUAUCAUGGCGCGGAAUGUCGAUUUCUCAUAUUUUUUAAUACUUGUUCGUAAUUCAUUUUACCCCUGCACGUAAACGCGGAACCGUGAUCAUAAUUCUGAGGCUCGCAUUCGCUGGUCUUCUCUCUCUUACCGUUCUUCUUGUUCUCGUUCUCGUUGUUAUUAUUAUCAUUAUCGUUACGUGUAACACGCGUCAAAGAUCCCGAAGAUCUCGGCCGUCAUAGAAUUUUACCACGUUAUAAAAAAUUAUGGCGACCAGGGGCCUUCUCGUACGUGCCCUAUACAUAAAAAUAAGCUCGAUGGAUGUCCUAUCAAGAAGAUAGAGUCUAUCCGAUAAAUGUUUCCUAAACUAUUACGCUUCGAAAGAUUUUCCAUUUAUGUACUAUAUCAUACAUGCGUACGUGCGUGUAUGUAUCGUAAUUAUCGCAAAUCCGUUCUAUGGUCAAUAUAAGUACAUAUAAGUACAAUGUUAAAUCUUUAAACUUUGUUGACUCCCCUCGAAAGACAGAUAUAUGUAUAUUUCGUAAAUGUCCUAAAUGCAAAGUGGUUAAGUGUGCGUGCGUGUACAUGUAUUUACUGUAUUCUUUUCGAAGUAUGUGUGUAUGUAUGUUGAGUGUAUACAACUACGUAUCAUGUAUAUGAAUAAUAAAACACGAUGGCACUAAGCAGA